AUGGGCCCUCUCUUUGGUACCUGUGAAUUGGCUUCUGGGCUAUGUAGUUCGUUUUUUGUGGCAAUAACUUUAUUAUAUCUCUCUUGCAACGGUGAGGCUUGUGUUGAAAUGACUACAUAUACCAUGUGGCACCGGUAUGCAGUGGCCAAUCCGGGAGCUAUGUGCCCGAAAUUAAAAUCCGUUAGUUUAAAGGAGUACCAAGGUUGUUUAGGUUCGAUGAAGGUUUAACGGGAAGGAUUCGGGAUUUGGAAAGUGCUGGGUGCGCCAGGGGCAGUAGCAGAAGUGGCACUCUCAUCCCCCCAUCUCACCCCUCCUGUACCCGCUCUCCCUUACCUGUCAGCCCCCCCAGCCUACCUGUCAGCCCCCCCAGCGUAACCUGGUCUCACCUCUCCUGUACCUGCACUCCUUUACCUCCUCCAGUCCUCCGCUCCCUCAUGCUUUGGACACAGCCGUCUCACCAGCUGCCCAAUGACUGCCUGGAUCGUCCUGCCUUUCAGCCUCGCUGCUUUCUGCAUCACGGGAAUAUGGAUCGUCUAUGCAAUGGCAGUAAUGAAUCAUCACGUGUGUCCGGUAGAGAACUGGUCUUACAAUGUCACGUGUACAGAAGAGACAGCCAAGCAGGGCUUCCCCAAAAUGUGCUGCACCCUUCAAGACAUCCCUCUCAUCAGUAAGUGUGGCUCAUUCCCCCCCGAAAGCUGCCUGUUCAGCCUGAUAGGCAACGUCGGAGCCUUCAUGGUGGUGAUGGUUUGUCUGCUGCGCUAUGCUCAGGUGAUUGAGCACAGCCACCACGGCUGGGUUAACACCGGCGCCCUGUUCUCUGGCUGUGUCAAUGCCCUGGGCCUGGUCAUGGUGGGCAACUUCCAGGUGGACCACGCCAAAUCGCUGCACUACGUGGGGGCGGGCGUGGCCUUCCCCGCCGGGCUGCUCUUCGUGUGCCUGCAGUGCGUGCUGACGUACCGCGUGGCCGUCACCACGCUCGACCACUGGAUGGCGCACGUGCGCGUGGCCCUCGCCGUGGGAGCCAUGGUGUCUCUGGUCCUCAGUGGCAUCUUCUUCAUCCACGUGAGCUUCGUCCUUCAGCACGUGGCGGCCAUCUGCGAGUGGGUCUUCACCGUGGACAUCCUGGUGUUCUACGGCACGUUCACCUACGAGUUCGGCACGGUCACCACCGACACCAUGACGGCAGGCCUGCAGAGCUGCCGCCGCCACCCCCACCCCCACCACCACCACCACCAGGGGUCAGGGGUCGUCAUGGGGGCGGGCGCCAGGGCCAUGCCGCUCGGGGGGGGCACCAAGGGCUUGAAAUCGCCCGGCGGCAGCAACGCUUCCCCCCACCUGAACUGCACCCCGGAGAGCACCGCCAUGCUGUAGACCCACCAUCUCAACCUCAAACUCCAGAGGGCGCUGCAGAGCCAGCGUCUGGCCGUUUUUUUUUGUUUUUUUUUUGCCCUGACACGGCGCGGGUAAACGCUGAAUUUUAAAACCGCCGAUGCGUUUACGAGCACGCCCGACUCGCUUCCAGGGUCAAGUUUAAAUCGGCCGGGGCUGGAGUUUGAGAUUCCGGCUGCGGUUCUGCUGCUGCCCCGCCCAGCACAGGUGAGGCAUCCGCACAGGUGAGGCAUCCGCACAGGUGAGACAUCCGCACAGGUGGCGUUCCUUUGGUCGAUAGACUCCUCGGUCAGCUGGGGGGGGGGGGGUUCAAAGUGCGUUUUCCACGAGGACCAAGGGUGAUGAGAGACCACAGCCAGGGUAGGGUCAGGAUCACAGCUGGUACACGACGACACGGCCGCUUCCUGUCCAGUCGCCAUAGGGUGUUAUUUCAUCACCCAUCGCUCCCGACUCUCUCUGAGGGGCAGCGUUUGCUGCGCUGCUCCACUGAAAAUCAGCCAAACACUUACGAAUGCCGUGCAGCCAGGGGGGCUUAUGGGAUGGGAGAAGCCUCCAUUCCACACAUCCUCUGGAGGAUUAACGGUGCGCUGUUGCUGCAUUUCCCCCGUCUGCCGUGACUAGAACCAGAAAUGCCAAAUCAUCGCUUCCCAUUACGGUUUCCCCUUUAUUUUUCUGUAACUUCUCCUGAAAGUUGGUCUUUCCGUGAAAUUUCCAUGCGAAAAUUUAAUGUUUUUAAGAGUUUGUGUUCUAACGAGAAAGUAUUUAAUUUUUUAACAGCAUCCUGAGAAAUCCCUUCAGGAAAAAGGAGAGGACCUCAUGACUCUCAGGUUUUAUUUAUUAUUUUUUAAAAUUUAUUUUAUUUAUUUAUUCUUUUUUUUUUUAAGGAGAGCAGAAAUUCUGUCCUUAUUCACGUGGUCAACAGCAAACAGUCGACUAUGAAAGGGAAAUAGUGAAAUAUUAUGUCAGUAUUAAUGAUACAGCAAUACACAACUUUUACGUUUAAACGAAUAGAUGGCAAUACGUAAAUCAACGACAGACCAAUAUUAGGAUCUCGGUUGGCUCACUGGAAAUGCAGUGUGUGUCGGUUGGGAUUUUAAUCCACGGUUCAGAGACCCGUGACUGUGUUGAACAGAGAAAAGCUAUGUUAUACGUACCGUGUGCAUUGUAGAUACAUAAUAACACUCCCAACGUCUUAAGUCUGUGAUCCUAAGAAAUGCUAAGAGUAUUAAAGGAACAUGAAAAAAGAGCUUGUCAAUUUUAGGCUUAGAAAAAGCAAUGCAAAGCUCCUGCACAUAUAGUCAAGCAGAGGCUCAUAUAAGACACUGAAAUCCUGGUUUACUGCAGGACUAAGUAAUGCACCGUAAACGUAGUAAGAACGCUCAAAAAAUAAUAAUAAUAAUAAGGUUUCCUUUUUUGUGAUGCGUUCUCUUCCAAAGGUUUUCCGAGAUGGAAGAUAUUUUCAGGUUUUAUACAGUAAUAUUUGCAGCUGUUCGUUUUUUUGCGAAACGAUGUGCAUGUUUGGGCAGCUGGUGAAGAAGUGAAUACGCCACAUUUAUUUAACUCAGCAGCUCCACCCUGUGGGAGUUUUUGGAACUGACAGCGAAAGCAAAAGGGCAUUUAGGGCAGUGUUGACUGCACCGGAACCUCCUAAUGAUAGCUUUAAUAACGGCAUGACAUAACAACACACAAUAAAAAAAAAACUUAUGUACGUUUUGAUGAACUACAAAAAUUAUAGGUCAUUAGCCUGGAUUAAGUCAACAUUUGUCCUUAUUUUAGACUAACUAUUAAAAGCAAUAAGAAAAAGUGUAACAGUUGCGUUUACUUGGAAGUCAGAGAUAAGGAGGAAUGGUGAUUGAAUACAGUUCAUUAGCCACUUUUUGUUUCAUAUCGCUAUACCGCCGUGACCGUUAAUAGUAUUACGAGGUAGAAAUGUCGCCACCACAUCGCUGUAAUGCCGCAGUGCUUUUUAAAUACGUACUGACCAAAUGAGGGAAUUGAGAUUUUGUUACCGCAACUUCUUUGACCGUGGUGCUUCGUCAGUGUGUCUUUGAACGAGCACUGCGAUUUGCCGCUGGUGGGUCAUUUGGACUAAUUACACUACAUUCAUCACGUUUAUCCAGUAAUAAUUCACAACCAGCAAUAGCGCAUCUGUCAUUGGGACCACUAAUAGAUGUCACCUGACUACAAUGUAAAAAAUAAUAAUUUUCACAGUAUUACUCAAAUCAAAUGUUUUUCACGUAUGAACUAAAACACAGUAUGGGCAGUAUGGAGCAAUAUGCUUUUUGCGGACGAUGCACAGCAGGUGGUCGUCAUGGUUACAGCGUUGAAAGAUCUUGUAAAAUCCGGACUCCAGUUUUGAACACGCAAACACCGCCCCUGCUGGGGAGUGAAUGCAACGAUCGAUCCACAAACUGACAGCCCUGCACUAAUGUUCCAUCCGUGAUCUCUGACCGAUUACCAUUCCCCCGCUGCGCGACGUCAGUUCUGCGGCUGAGCCACUCAAACGACGCUGACGGUCCUCUUGAUGACGUGGUGGAGGAAGUUCUGUAUUUGCCACCGUUGCAAAACAAGUGUUCGAACCAAUGGCGUCUUUUCCUACUUACUACUGCAGUCAGAUAUACACUCACCGGCCACUUCAUUAGGUGACAGGAGCGGCAGCCGGUGUGGUCUUCUGCUGCUGUAGCCCAUCUGCUUCAGGGUUUGACGUGGUGUGCGUUCAGAGAUGCUCUUCUGCAUACCUUGGUUGUAACGCGUGGCUAUUUGAGUUACUGUUGCCUUUCUAUCAGCUCCAACCAGUCUGGCACCAACAACCAUGCCACGUUCAAAGUCACUUAAAUCACCUUUCUUCCCCAUUCUGAUGCUUGGUUUGAACUUCAGCAGAUGACCAUGUCUACAUGCCUAAAUGCAUUGAGUUGCUGCCACGUGAUUGGCUGAUUAGAUAUUUGCGUUAAUGGGUGCAGUUUGCAGUUGAACAGGUGUACCUAAUGAAGUGGCCAGUGAGUGUAUAUACAACAACUGUAGGACCUGUCCUGUAUUCUUGAGUUGUGCAGCGCUGACAACAGCAAUCUUUCAGAAGGAGAAAAAAGGGAAGUUAAACUAUGCGGUUGUUCCCUGCACUUGGAACGGUACUUCUCUCUAGGGUUUUCGACACACUUGUUCCUGGUUCUGGUUAUACACGUUGUUGUACGUCGCUCUGGAUAAGAGCGUCUGCCAAAUGCCUGUAAUGUAAUGUAAUGGAAGUAUCAUAACUGUGGUCACUCUUGAUUCUGUUGACUCAUAAGGUGUUAUGCCAGCCUUGUUGCCUACAUUUGCCAUGCAGAUGUAAUAAGUAAUCGGUUUUACAUUCUAUCCGUGCAGCUGUUGUGAGCGUUCUCCUAAGUUUAGCAUUUCAGUUAAAAGGUAUGUUUUAAAGCAUAAAAGUAACCAUAACCACAUUCUUUAAAGGAGCAAAGCCUUAACUUGUUUUGUUGUUAUCAUCAUCUUCGUUUGCAAUAUUAUAUCGCACAGUGCUGGAAUAAUUUUAUCUUUCGAUGGAGGCUUUGACGUCAGUGCAUCUCGCGCGCUGCGCACUUUCCAGUCGUGAAAUGUGACUGACGGAAAAGAUCCAUUUCUGCAUUGUUUGUGACAAAGCGCCACGCGGUUAUUGCAUUCGCGCGUUCUUUUGGUACGUGCUGCUACGCUAAUGGCAUCUGUGAAACCGCCGGCUGUCAAGCUUUCCGUGUUCAGCGUAUGAAUAUGCAUUUACUAGAAACGCACAGUGAGAGGGCAGACAUGAAUGCCUUUAUAAUGUACACUAGUAACAGGACUAAGCUGUGGGGGGUGAGGGGGUGGUGGGGAGCUGGGGGACAAGAGUGCUCAUAGCUUUAAGGUGAAGUAAAAAGAGUUUCAUCACCAGCAGACAUUUUGUGUGCCAUGACCACAGGUCGGUAUCUAAAUCCAGACUCCAGCAAUAUUGUCAUUUACGCUGCUUGUUGUGAAUCAUUAACCGCUUAUGAACCCAGCAAAUUCCCCCCCCCCCCCCCAUUUUACUUGAGCAAAUCUGAACUUGGAAGGCUGUAUCCUUCACUGGAAGUGAAUGAGAAGACGACACUGUUGGUGAUAAUGUGCUCUAAGUGGCAUUCAGUACACCUGUCUUGACCUGGUUGGUCGAAUGCAAGUCUCAAAAGCAGAUGAAAGCGUGUCAGACGAUGUUUGUCUUGUCCCUGAAAAAUACCAAUGUGAACGCGAUAUCCAGGACGCAGCUCGGGAUGAUGUCAUUUCCUGGAUGUAACUUUGCUUGUAAAUUAUGUUGCACUUUAAGCAAGAAAUGAAAAGGAUAUCCAUUGCCCAUUCUGAUUUUUUUUUUUUUACUAUUUUAUGUUAUCACUUUGACUGGAGGUAGGGCAAAUGGUGUCCAAAUAUAUUCAAACCAACAAUAAUAGAGAAUACUUCUACCUUUUUUUAAAAAUAACUGCUUGAAUAAAUACACAGUUUAUCUGCUAUUAUGUUACUUGUAUUAAGUUUUCAAGAGAUUUAUAUUCAAAUACAAAUUCAAAUAAAUGAAAACCUAUGAAUGAA